AUCGAGAACGAGAACGCUUGGCUGACUGGACGAUAUGGUGUACUUGUUUAUGCCGCAUGAGUCAUGUUAUACUCUAAGGUUAUACUAAUGAUAUUCUAGGAAAUGUGUUCCUCGAGCACCAGGGAUUAUAACAAGAAGAGCAGGUGGCUUGGAUGUUGUUACCAAUAAGGUUGAUUUUAUACCCAAGAGAAUGGGGGACAACUGAACCAGCUGGCCUGUUCGGCAGUUCGUUUGUUUCGGAAUCGUUUGGACAGAAUUAUCCGGAGGAUUUCGAUGGUACACUGGACUCUGUCAGUAUUGCUGUGACAUGUGCAUUCAACAGACGAGGAACACUGUUGGCUGUUGGCUGUAACGAUGGGAGAAUUGUCAUCUGGGACUUCCUGACUCGCGGCAUUGCAAAGAUAAUACAGGCACAUGUCCAUCCGGUCUGCUCACUCAGCUGGAACCGAAAUGGCCAGAAGCUGCUCAGUGCCUCGACUGACAACAGUGUUGCAUUAUGGGAUGUAAUGGCCGGAGAAUGCGAUAAAUCAUACAGAUUUCCAUCGCCGAUCUUGAAGGUUCAGUUUCAUCCUAGGACUUGCACCAAGUUCCUGGUGUGUCCGAUGAAGCAUGCAGCCGUGUUAAUGGACACAGAGAGGAGCACAAGUAUUGUCCCCCUUGAUGAUGAGGUCAGGAUUUCUGAUCUGAAUAUAGUGGCAUCAUUUGACCGGCGUGGUGCCCACAUUUACACGGGCAAUGCUAAGGGUCGAAUCCUUGUGUUCACGACAGAAGGGCUCAAGCUGAAGGCAUCAUUUCGGGUCACGACAGGGACUUCCAGCACCACAGCUAUAAAAUCUUUGGAGUUUGCUCGUCGAGGAAAUUGUUUCCUGGUGAACUCUGCUGAUAGAAUCAUCCGGGUUUAUGACAGUGAGGAGGUUCUCAUGUGUGAAAAGGAUGGUGAGCCGGAACCAAUUCAAAAGCUUCAAGAUCUCGUCAACAAGACAUUAUGGAAGAAAUGUAGUUUCUCUGGUGAUGGUGAAUAUAUCUGUGCUGGGUCAGCCAGGCAGCACGCCCUCUAUAUCUGGGAGAAAAGUGUAGGCAAUCUCGUCAAGAUCUUACAUGGAACGAAGGGCGAGUUACUACUUGAUGUGGUGUGGCAUCCUGUACGACCAAUCAUAGCCUCGAUAUCCAGUGGGGUGGUGUCCAUCUGGGCUCAGAAUCAGGUGGAGAACUGGAGCGCGUUUGCUCCUGAUUUCAAGGAGUUGGAUGAAAAUGUUGAGUAUGAGGAACGAGAGUCUGAGUUUGAUAUUGAGGACGAGGACAAGUCAGUAGAGGAUCCUAAAGAUGCAGAUGUUGGCGAGGACGUUGAGGUUGAUGUGGACACCAUUGAGCCAAUUGCAGCAUUCGUUAGCAGUGAUGAGGAAGCUGAGGAUGAGGAGGCGUUGAUGUUCCUCCCGGUCGCACCAGAGAUGGAUGAGGAGGAGAUGUGGCCAGCAGGCGAGCAACAAGUUCCAGCAGAGGAAGCACACCCGAAGAAACGAUCAUCUGACUCGUCCACCCCUUCCAAGAAAAAGAAGAAACCAGACAAGCCAGUGGAGGUAACCUUACCUCAUGCUCCGAGUGAUGAGAUUCACCCACUUCUGAGCACCAAGAAGCCAGCCCAAGAAAAACAACCCUCAAAGACGAGUAAGUCACAGCGAGCCAAGACUUCUCAUCAUAAAAGUUCAACAAAACACGACUCGAAGUCAUCAAAACGGAAACACGACCACAAGGAAAACUACUAUUAGUUGGAGUCCUCCAGUUUUAAGAGUCCUCCCAUGUGAACUUGACCAACCAGCAUAGGACUGCCACUGAUUCAAUGUUGUUCUUUAUAUCCAUGUGUAUCUUGUUCAUCCUGAAGAAAGAGUAUCCACAUCCAUCUAUUCACCAAGUACCAAAUACUACUCCAACUGCUUGGUGUGUGUUGGCUGAGCAGUUGGUCAUCCAUGCACAUGUAUGACGUAGUUGACCUGGAUCAACGUCUUUGCUACAAGAGCAAUCAUCUAAAAUCAUUGUUUGGAGAGCCAUUCAAAUUAAAACUAGCCAAGCUUUGAUAUGGAAGCAUGGCUGGUGAUCCUAAUAAUCACAUUGUAAAAUAUUCUUGUAAAUAUAAUAUUUUAUGUAGA